GCGUGCUGUUUGUCACAAACAUAAACACAAGGAAUCACAAGCGAGAUUGCAGCAUAAAGUUUUACAAUGUCGUUAAGAAGCAUUUUUAAGGUUAUUCACCGCUCUAAUUUCGGGUCAUUGCACUUGCGUGUCCCUGUAAGCAGAAUUUGUGUCAAAUCACCAGCUACUCUCACACAUCACAGGAGCAGCAGUUCAGAGGGCAUCAGCCGGUAUCCUGUGCCAAACAAGAAGAAUCUGCCUUUUGAUAUUGUUGAGCUGAUGGAGGAAGUCGAACAGAAGGGUGGAUUUCUACCCAACGUCUUCAAGGUUCUGUCUCAUCGUCCUGCUGAAUUUCGCGCUUUCUUCUCUUAUUAUAAUGCUCUCAUGAACAAGGAAAGUGGUGGUCUGUCGAAAGCAGAUCGGGAGCUGAUUGUUGUCGCAACCAGUGCUCACAAUCACUGCCUGUAUUGUGUCGUAUCCCACAGUGCAUUGCACCGCAUCUAUUCUAAAAAACCUAUGCUGGCCGACCAGGUGGCAGUGAAUUACAAAGCUGCAGAGCUGACUGCCCGCGAGCGAGCCAUGCUUGACUUUGCUCGGACAGUAUGUAGGAGCCAAACAAUAACUGAAGAACAUUUCAGUACCCUGGAAACUCAUGGGUUUGAUCGAGAUGAUAUCUGGGACAUUGCUGCCAUUGCUGCCUUCUUCGCCAUGUCCAACCGUUUGGCCCACCUGACUGAUAUGAGACCUAAUACAGAGUUCUACAACAUGGGCCGAGUGCCAAGAGACAAAGCAAACCCCUCUGGCCAGCAGGUGAAAGGAGAUUAGACUUGAAAAAGUUCACAAUUUCACAGCAGCAGGUGCGUCAAAACUGAAAUGAAUGAUAAGCUGUUGUGAAAAAAGUAUGUCUAUCUAAAUGGUUUAUUUGACUGUUUUUAUGUAGAAAUGAUUAGUCAUUUUUUGUUCUAUUGAUUACAUUGUUUCUUUACAAUAAAAUCUUUUUUUGGCUAUUCAUCUGCAUGAAUUUGUAGGGAUUUGAUCAUUUACUGUAUUUAAAGGGGAGAGAAUAUCUAAAUUUCCAGCUGCAAAAAAAACAGUAGUGAAUAAAUAUAUAUUUCUGAUAAAAAUUGUGACUCAUUUGAAUGUUUUCAUGAAUGGAUCCUGUCUCUUGUAAUCCGAUUUUUAUUUAAUCAUAAUAAUUGUUAUUUGUAUUUUUUUAGCAACAUCAGUUACACGUCAUUACUGUGCAAAAUUGCUUAAACAAUCAAAUAGCACAUGAACCUUUUUAAAGCUUUUGUAGCAAAAAGCUUUUUGGGCCACAGGAUUUGUUGACUAACAGGCAAAGUUAUAAUAAAGAUCAGACGUUUUAGCUUUAUAUGCAUGUAGUAAUUUAUGGAGCAGUGCUAACGUUUUUAAAAAUCUACUAACGUAACAUUUUGUUUUAUUUCAUUGGUUGUAUAUAAAAUGUAACAUUUGUAGAAAAUAAAUUGUAUCAAAGUUAUAAACACAUUAAAAAAGUAGUGUUGGUUAGUGCGGUUUGCCUUUAACGUGUAACAGUGUAAACAUUAAAAACCACC